CUGGACCACACUGCUGGGUACAGUGGUGAUACCAGUGCCAGUGAAGACAAUAGGAAGACAGUGUGGGACUUUCAACAGGAAUUCUGACUGAACUAGAGCAUUAACGGAGCUGUUUGGGAUGUCGCAUCAGACGGGUAUCCAUGCAACUCCAGAUUUGAGAGAGUUCCUUAUGAAGGCUAGAAGGGGAGCUGUCAGACUCGUGAAGAUUGUUAUAAGGAGUGAGCAGCUGGUGUUGGGGGCAUACAGAGAGGUGUCUCAGAGCUGGGACCAGGACUAUGAUGCAUGUGUCCUGCCCAUAUUGGACACUCUAGAGCCCUGCUAUAUCCUGUACCGCCUUGACUCACAGAACCAGCUGGGCUAUGAGUGGCUAUUUAUCUCCUGGUCGCCAGACCAGUCACCAGUGAGGUUAAAGAUGGUAUAUGCUGCUACCUGUGCCACACUGAAGAGUGAGUUUGGCAGCAGUCACCUCAAAGAUGAACUGUUUGGCACAGUCCAGGAAGACAUCUGUUUCCAAGGAUACCUACGACACCUCUCCUCCUCCUCCAGACCUGCCCCCCUCACUACUGCUGAGCAACAGCUCCAUCAGAUUAAAAUAACAGAGGACAAAGUGGCACGGGAUGAGCGAAGACAAGUCGCAACCAUAAGUGGACAAGCAAAGGUAACCUCAACAGAGAUCAGCGUGGAGAGUAAAAAUCCAACUUUGCAGGGUUUGGCGUUCCCAUUACAAGUGGAGGCUAAGCACGCUAUACAGCAACUUAAACACAAACACAUCAAUUACAUUCAAUUGAGGUUGGACACUGAACAAGAGAUGAUUGAACUAGUCCACACUAGCCCUACAGAGACAAAAGAGCUGCCAAGCAGGAUCCCCACUGAUGCCCCACGAUACCACUUUUUCCUGUACAAACAUGCCCAUCAAGGACAGGCGCUGGAAGCUGUAGUUUUCAUCUACUCCAUGCCUGGGUAUAGCUGUAGCAUCAAAGAAAGGAUGCUGUACUCCAGCUGUAAGAAUCGACUUCUGGAUGAGGUAGAGAGGGACUACCACAUAGAGAUUGCCAAAAAGAUGGAGAUUGAUAGUGGUGAGGGGCUGACAGAGGAUUUCCUGUAUGAAGAGGUGUACCCAAAGCAGCAUGCUCUAAAACAAGCCUUCACCAACCCAAAGGGCCCUACAGGAAAACGAGGGAACAAGCAUCUAAUCAGAGGAGCAGGAGAGAAUGGAGAUGAGAGCUAGAAUGCAUACAGUCAAAAUAAAAUUACAUCUAAUACACAAUGUUUAAUUUCUCUCUCAUUGGUAGCCUAUUUCAUGUCUGAUCUAUCCCUUUUGUUGUUCUUUUUUAUUUUAGAUUUGAACUUGUUUCUCUUUAUUUCAUUCACUUUAAAAGUACUUCUCACAUGGUUUUUAAGGCCACAUAAAUGUGAA